ACGUCAAGAAACCCUUCUCUUCUCUCUCUAUUUUCUAUUCCACUAUAGCUUGCAAUUUUCAUCUUCAACCUUCCAAACACUGUUAAAUAUUUUUACAAACCCUAUUCAUCUUCUAUUUAUUCAUCGGCCGCCGCACAGAUAGACAGACAUUUUCACCGGCCGCCGCAUACAUACAACAUGUUGGACAUCAGGCUAUUCAGAGAGGACAAGGAGGACAUUGGCAACCCCGAACUCAUCCGUGAAUCCCAACGUCGUCGAUUCGCCAGCGUUGAAGUUGUUGAUCAAGUUAUCGAUCUCGACAAACAAUGGCGAAAGUGUCAAUUCGAGUUAGAGAAUCUCCGAAAAAAAUUCAACAAGUUCAAUAAGGAAAUCUCCAUACUCAAGCGUGCUGGUGAAGAUGCAACUAACCUCAUUGCUGAAUCUGAAGAGACUAAGAAAUCGAUAGCCGAGAAAGAGGUUGAGGUUCGCGAAACUCUAAACAGUUUGAAUUCUAAAUUGGAAACCAUUGGUAACCUCAUCCAUGAUACCGUUCCAAUCAGCAAUGAUGAGGCCGAUAAUGCCGUGAUUAGAACGUGGGGAGAAAAAAGAGUAGAACCUAAACUCAAGAAUCAUGUGGAUCUCGUUGACCUUCUCGGGAUUGCAGAUUUGAAGAAAGGAGCUGAUGUAGCUGGAGGUAGAGGUUUCUAUCUCAAAGGAGAUGGCGUUCGUCUUAACCAAGCUCUAAUCAACUUCGGGCUUGAAUUUUUGGAGAAAAGGGAAUAUACCUUAUUGCAAACUCCUUUCUUCAUGAGAAAAGAUAUAAUGUCCAAGUGUGCUCAAUUAGCCCAAUUUGAUGAAGAACUUUAUAAGGUAACUGGUGAAGGAGAUGACAAAUAUCUGAUUGCAACAGCAGAGCAGCCGCUUUGUGCAUAUCAUAUAGAUGAUUGGAUCCAGCCUACCCAGCUACCCCUUAGGUAUGCUGGAUAUUCAUCUUGCUUUCGUAAAGAAGCUGGAUCUCAUGGUCGAGAUACUCUAGGAAUAUUCCGAGUUCACCAAUUUGAGAAAGUAGAGCAGUUUUGCAUUACCUCCCCAGAAGGAAAUAAUUCAUGGGACAUGCACGAGGAAAUGCUUAAGAACUCUGAGGAAUUUUACAAGGCGUUGAACAUUCCAUAUCGAAUUGUUUCCAUUGUAUCUGGUGCUUUAAAUGAUGCUGCUGCGAAGAAGUAUGAUCUUGAAGCAUGGUUUCCAGCUUCUCAAACUUACAGGGAGUUGGUAUCUUGUUCAAAUUGUACCGACUACCAGGCCAGAAAAUUAGAAAUUCGAUUUGGCCAGAAAAAGAGCAAUGAUACAAAGAAGAAUUACGUUCAUUUGUUGAACUCUACUCUCACUGCUACUGAGAGGACCAUUUGCUGCAUACUAGAGAACAACCAGAAGGAGGAUGGGGUAGAGAUACCAGAAGUCCUCAGGCCAUUCAUGGGUGGGAAAACUUUCCUGCCCUUCAAGAACAAACCGAAUAACGAAGCCAAAGGGAAGAAAUCGAAGGCUUAAUUGCAUUAUUUUUAGUCUGUGAUAUUUUUGAAGAGCUUAGUUCAGAAUUGUAGGUUAUGAUCACUAUCAUACUUUUCCUCUUAAAUUUUAUCCAACCACAUCCCCCCUUCUCUUUGUAUGCUUUGAAUAGUAAAUUAUCUUCAGGAACAUGCACAAUAUUGUGCUGAAAGGACCACAUGUCAAUUCUGUAACUCAUCAAUCUAUAAACUCUGUUUUAUUGACUCUGUAGGGUUGGUUUUAAA